AUGCCAAAUACGGUUAAAAGUUUAAAAAGCAAACGAGCAGGUGUAAAACAACGUCUUACGCGAUUUCAAACAUUCAUCACUAAUCCUAGAAAUGUUGAUCAAAAACUAGAAAUUAGUAGGCGAUUAAAGGAUGUCGAACCGUGUAUGCGUGAAUAUGAAGAUUAUCAUUUUCAAAUUGCAGAAUUAGACCCUUCUCAGGUGCGGGACACGGAUUUGAUUGCGUUUGAAAACGAUUAUUACAAAAUUAUUACCGACGCCGAAAAACUUUUAGAAAAAACCGAUGAAGCGGUUAGUUUGCCGGACGGUGAAAAUUGCAAUGUCAAACUACCAGACAUAAAUUUACCUUCAUUCAGUGGGUCAUUUGUGGAUUGGGUAGGAUUUCGUGACUCGUUCAAAUCGCUAAUCCAUAACAAUAAAUUAUUAAAUGAAAUCCAAAAAUUUCACUACCUUAAAAGUAGCUUAAAAGACGAAGCAUUGCAAACCAUAGAUCAUUUAACUCCGUCAAUUGCCAGUUACAAAACAGCUUGGAGUCUAUUGGAAGACAGAUUUGACAACAACCGUCUAAUCGUACAACAUCAUGUUCGUGCCAUUUUUUCGUUAGCACAUGUAACGAAAGAUUCAAAAUCAUUGAGGCAAAUGAUUCAAACCACAACAACACAUCUGAAGGUGUUAGAAUCGCUUCAAAGACCAGUCAAACAAUGGGACGAUUUAUUAAUACAUAUAAUUUCGUCAAAACUAGAUCAUAAUACGCUUAUUGCAUGGGAAUCUUCACUUGGUCAUGAAAUUCCUACUUAUGAACAAUUAGAGAAAUUUGUCGUUCAACGUUGUCAAACCUUAGAAUCUCUUGAAUCGGUAUCAAUUUCUACCAAUAAUAAGUUUAAUACAAAUGUGAACCAAAGUGCAAAACCUAUUCAGAAAGGUUACAUGACACGACCUGCAACUCAUGUCUCCACAAGUUCAAUACAAUGUAGUAUUUGCAAUCAAAAUCAUCAAUUAUUUCGUUGUAAAAACUUUUUAGAAAUGACAGUCGCACAACGUAUCAAUGAAAUUAAAAAACAUAAACUAUGCCAGAAUUGUUUUAAAGCUAAUCAUAAAGCAGACACUUGUACCCACAGUCAGUGUCGUAAGUGUAAUAGAAAACACAACACGUUACUCCAUAUUGAAAAUACUCCGGAAAAUGUUGAAAGCUUAACGCCCAUUAGUAGUCAUUGUGUGUCUCUGAUUUCUCAAACUGUCAUUCUCUCCACAGCAUUAAUAAAAGUUUUUGAUAAAAACGGUAAAGAGCAUCAGUUAAGGGCAUUGCUUGAUAGCGCAUCAACUUCUCACUUUAUUAGCGAAAACGCAGCGCGAAAGUUAGGUCUACAAACAAACAACAUUACGUUACCUGUGGUCGGAAUUGGAAAUAAUUCAACAAAAAUUAGGAAAUCUACUUCUCUUAAAAUACAUUCCAACUAUAACCGAUUCAGUGACACUUUAUCGUGCCUAAUAAUUUCACGAAUAACAUCAGACUUGCCUGCCAUUACAUUCGAUAAAACUGCUCUCAGUGUUCCAAAAAACAUUAAAUUAGCAGACCCCCAGUUCAAUGUUUCAUCUGAGAUUGAUAUAUUAAUCGGUGCAUCUCUAUUCUGGAAAUUAUUAUGCAUAGGGCAAAUCCAAAAUUCUGACAAGGGACCAGUUUUUCAAAAAACUUACUUGGGGUGGGUAAUCUCGGGAAAUAUUCCAGUAACCCAACCACCCACAUCCGUUUGCAAUUUCUCAGUCGCUGCUUUUGACGAAUUUGAUAACAGGGAGAAUAAAUGUUUAUUGCAAGAGCAUGUUGAAUGUGAACGAUUAUUUAAACAAUCAGUAACUAGAAAUUCAAGUGGUUUGUUUGUCGUAAAAUUACCAUUUAAAAGCGAUCCACCUUCAGUGGGCUUCACAAAACACGCUGCAAUAAGUCGUUUAAAAAGUAUAGAGCGCAAAUUCUUGAGAGAUCCCCAACUUAAAUCCGAUUACACUGCAUUUAUGCGAGAAUAUUUAGAAAUGGGUCACAUGCAAAAAUUAAAGGAAGAUGAUGAUGGAACACAGGUUUGUUGUUACAUUCCACACCAUCAUGUUGUGAAACCAGACUCCGAAACCUCAAAAAUACGAAUUGUAUUUGACGCAUCAGUCAAAUCCUCAAACGGGAAAUCGCUAAAUGACAACUUAUAUGUGGCAGAAUCAUUACAACAAGAGUUAUUUUCAAUUUUAGUUAGGUUUAGAGUUCAUCAAUUUAUCUUGAGUGCAGAUUGCGCUAAAAUGUACAGAAUGAUCUUGGUUGAUCCGGAACACUGCAAAAGAUUUCAAAGAAUUUUGUGGAGAUUUAAUUCAACAGAAAAAAUUCAAACAUAUCAGCUUAAUACGGUUACUUACGGAUUUGCAUCUUCACCAUUUUUAGCUAUACGAUGUUUGCAAGAAUUAGCUAAAACGGAAGCCGUUAAUUUUCCAGACUCGUAUAAAAUCAUUUUAAGAGACUUUUAUGUUGACGAUUUAUUAACUGGUUGUGACUCUAUGGAGAGUGCAUACAAAAUUCGCGACGAAGUAACUGAAAUUCUCAGAAAAGGUGGAUUUGAAUUACGAAAAUGGUCGUCAAACAUUAAAGAACUACUUCCAAAAAACUGCACACAGUCAAAAACAGUACACCUUAUUUCUCAACCAGAGAAAAAAACGUUAGGUUUGUGUUGGAACAGCGAAUCGGACACAAUUAAAUUUAUUCCCAGUGAUAUUCCGUUCAGUAACAAAGCAACAAAACGCACAAUACUUAGCACUUUAGCGCAUGUUUACGAUCCAGUGGGUAUAAUUUCUCCCACCAUAGUCACCGUAAAGAUUCUUUUACAGAAAUUGUGGUCUUUAAAGUUAAACUGGGAUGAAUCUAUUCCCGAAAAUUUAUAUACAAUGUGGGCAAAAUUCUUACAAGAAUUUAAAAUGAUGGAACAAAUUACCAUACCUAGAAAAACAAUACCUCAACAUCCCACCACAGUUCAAAUUCACGGCUUUAGUGACGCCAGUCAAUCUUCAUACGGUGCAUGUGUCUAUGUUCGGUGUAAGAAUGAAAACGAAACAUAUACAUCACAUCUACUUUGUUCGAAACAUCGGGUAGCGCCUUUACGUGCCACAACAAUACCGAAACUGGAAUUGUGUGCUGCAGUUUUAUUGGCAGAAUUAAUGAACAAAUUACGAACAGUUUUAGAUAUUAACGUUGAAAAAUAUUUCUAUUGGACGGACUCGGAAGUUGUUUUAGCAUGGCUUAAGACUGAUCCAGCUAAACUUAAAAUUUAUGUCGCGAACAGAGUAACUAAAAUACAAGAAUUAAGCAAAAUUACAGAUUGGUCGUAUGUCAAGUCCAAACAAAACCCAGCUGAUAUUUUAUCACGCGGUAUGGCGGUCAAACAGCUGCAGAAAUCGUUUCUAUGGUGGCAUGGACCAGAGUUUUUAUUACAACCUGCUAGUAAAUGGCCAUACAAAAAUAUCAUUCAAGACGAAAAUUUGCCAGAAAUAAAGCCUUCGAAAUACAAAAACAACGAUUCAACUUCUGAUUCCUCGCGUAAAGCGCCCAGUAGUUUAACUUUAUCCCGUAACGAACUCAAUAAUGCACACGACAUUAUAAUCAAAAUAAGUCAGCGAGAAUCGUUUCAUAAUGAUAUUGAAUCUUUGAAAAAAGACCAAAAAGGACUAUUGAGGGUAGGAGGAAGAUUGAGACAUGCACCCAUUCAAGCUAAACCUAAGUCUUACCAACAACUUAUGGGACAUUUGCCUGAGUCACGGGUCCGACCAUCAAGACCAUUUCAGUACUCAAGUAUCGAUUAUGCAGGCCCAAUAUUAUUAAAGAAUGGUCGUGGUAGAACCACUAAAAGAAUUAAGGGUUACAUUGCAAUUUUUGUUUGUUUCGCAACUAAGGCCACUCAUAUUGAAUUGGUGUGUGAUUGCACCACCGAAUCGUUUCUAAACGCACUUAAGAGAUUCGUCGCGCGCCGGGGGAAGGUUGACACAAUUUACUCGGAUAAUGCUAAAAAUUUUGUAGGAGCUGACCGAGAAUUAAAAUCGCUGUACAAUUUAUUACAAUCACCAAAUUUUCAGAAAAAGGUAAUAGAUCAUUUAAUAAACCAACAAAUUUGUUGGAAAUUUAUGCCACCACGAGCUCCACAUUUUGGCGGUUUACACGAAGCCGCGGUCAAAUCGGCCAAAAACCAUUUACGAAGGGUGGUAAAAAAUGCCGUACUUGAUUUUGAAAGCAUGUACACCCUGUUAACGAUGGUGGAAGCUUGCAUGAAUUCCAGACCCUUGUCUCCCCUUUCCUCCGAUCCAACAGACCUACAAGCAUUAACACCAGGUCACUUUUUGGUUGGCGACUCGUUAUUGGCAUCAGCGGAAGCAGAUUUAACGGAAGUGGCGACAACAAGGUUGUCUCAGUACCAGAGGUUGGAGCAAAUGAGGCAACAUUUUUGGAAACGGUGGGCUGCCGAAUAUCGCAAUAAUUUGCAACAACGUUAUAAAUGGGCUACCAUCUCCGAUCAACCCAAAUUGGGAGCCCUAGUACUCCUGAAAGAAGACGACGCGCCACCACUCCAGUGGCCAUUGGGUCGCAUUGAAGAACUUCAUCCUGGGAAAGAUGGUUUAACCCGGGUGGUGACUGUGCGAACAGUGCGCGGUGCAUUUAAAAGGCCUGUUACAAAAAUAUGUGUGAUUCCUAUCGAAGGUGGAGUGCGUGAGUGA